AUGGGCAGGAGCAAGGGCAAAACGCCCCAGCGCCCGGAGGGACCCGGGAGGCCGACCUCCGGGGAGCAGGAAUCCGGGUCGGCCAGCGCCGACAGCGCGCCCAGCCGGGAGCGCCGACAGGGCCGCGGUAAAGCCCACGGGGCGAGACCACUCUUGGAGCCCUGCACCGCGGGGGGCCAGGAGACCCCCGGUGGCCGCAGGAAGCCGGCCGUAGAGGAGAAUGGCGACUGCAGACGGCCGGAGGCUGAGGGGAGACGAGGCAGCGCGCGGCGUCCGAGAUGCGGGCCUAAGGAGAGCCACAAGCCCGGGGACGGCCGUGGGGGGCGCCUGGAGGAGAAGAGCCUCCUCGGAGGAGGAAGGACACGCGGGCGCGACCGCCGCAGGAGAAGAGGAAAAGGGCGGGGACGCUCGGUUCAGCGGGGCCGCCAUGAGACCCGCAGCCUCAAUGCGGACACGUCGGAUGGAGACGGGGCCAGCUCCUGCCCGGACAGCGAAGCCCGCGAGGCCCUGGAGAGCGGCAGCCAGAGCGGCGGGGCCCCAGAGCGGCGGCCCAACUCGGAGCAAACGGACAUGGGCUCGGGAAGCACCCAAACCGGUCCGGAGUCAGCGCUGGAGGCGCCGAGAGAACGCCCGGGCAGCGACGGCCUGAGCAGCGACGGCAGAGGCGGUGACAAGCCCCCCGCCAGGCCUCAGAGCCCGGAAGGAUCGUCGGGGGCGAGGCCCCAGGGAGAGACCGAGGAUUCCGAGACUGCCACAGACUUGAGUCUGGAGGGGGCCGGGCCUGGACGGAGCCUACGGGCAGCCCCAGGAACGACAAGCGGGUCCACUGAGGCCGAAGAGGCUGACCCGGCCAGUAAAGCCGCGGCCUCCAGUCCCCUCGAGGGCAGCCGCGCGUGCGUUCCCCGGAGCUCGCGGGCUUCUCGAGACCCCAAGCCGGCCCGGGACGCGAGAAACAGUGGGGUGCAGACCGAGGCUGAGCCGAGGGGCCCCGAGCCCGGAAGAGCCGAGGCCUCGACCGCCCGGGGUCAGCGUACCCAGGUCGGAGAAGGGGUGGGGAAGGUGCAAGAGGAGGAGGGCGUAAGCGAAGCGGGGGCUGGAGGAGAAGGGUCCGGGGACCCAGCGCCGCUGGUCGCCCUGGUGGCGCUCGGCAGGCUUCGCGCUAGGCCCCCGCCAGGGCCCGCUCCCCAGUCCGCGGGUCCCUGCCCCUCGGGCCUCAAGGACCGGCUCCUGCGGGUGGCACGGGGCCUGGGCCUCCUGCGCUGGCUGCGGCUCCGGCCGCGGGCGGGUGAGGCGCGGGCGGCGGGCGAGGGGCGGGGCCGCGGGACGGGGCUGAGGCGCCGUCUAGUGCUGAGCCUGGCGGGCGUAGCUGGGCUGGGCGGGCGACCGAGGGCUCCCCCUGGUGGCGGCUCGAGUUCCCCGCAGGUUGCGGAAAGGCCAGCCCCCGACGACACUUCUGAGGAUGCGGACCCGACUCCAGAUCCCAAGUUCGCGGUCAUGUUCCCCAGGAUCCACAGGGCAGGGAGGACCUCGAGCAGCCAGAGCUCAGAGGAAGCGUCCGCGGAAGCCCCCGCUGGGGAGGGGCACUUUUGGUUUUGUGCGGGGGCUUCAGGGGACAGUGAAGGGCGCAGGGUGAGUGGAGAAGGGGUGGCCGGGCGCCGCCACGGCUCUCUCGGCCCGACUCUCCCCGACGAGCCCCCACUCGAGAGCGGCUCCAGCAGCGAAGGGGAGCCGGAGACCUUGGGAGCCGAGGCUGCGGUGCACUGGGCGCAGGGCGAGGAACCCCGCGAGGACCCUGGGUUUGGCACCGAAGCACUGCUGCCCCGACUCAUCUUGGAGACCCGCCUGCGGCGGGAGAGGAGCCCGAGCCCCUGCGGGUUCCUGAGGGAUCGAUGGGAGCCGGAGGAUGAGACCGAGGAGGCGCUGGAGAAGGACCUGGAGCUGAGCCUCGGGCCGGGCCUGGAGGCGCCACCCUUUCCCGGCGCCGAGGGCAGGAGCCUCGUGGAAGGCCUGGAAGACACCGAGGACCUGGCCCGGCUGCGGCCGGUGUGCGACAGCUCCGUGCUGCUGUGCCUCAAGAAGAGGUUUUACCUGGGCCGAAUCUAUACCUUUGGGGGGCCCCUCCUGCUCGCUCUGAACCCCCACCGGCCCCUGCCUCUCUUCUCACCUGAGGUCCUGGCCAGCUACCGCCCUAGGAAGACCCCUAACACCACCCCACACGUCUUUGCCAUCGUGGCAGCAGCCUAUAGCCUGUCUCAGAGCACUGGGCAGGGCACCUGCAUCCUCCUGAGGUGAACCCUGCCAGCCUCUCCCUCCUGCAGUGGGCACAGCGGCUCUGGGAAGACAGAAGCUUCCAAAAAGAUUGUGCAGUUCCUAAGCAGCCUGGAGCAGGAGCAGACAAGGGGCAGAGGAUGUCAGCUGGACGACGUGCUGCCCAUGCUCAGCAGCUUUGGCCACGCCAAGACAGUCCUCAAUGCCAAUGCCAGCCGCUUUGGCCAGGUCUUAGGCCUCUGCCUGCAGCAAGGGGUCAUCCUGGGAGCUUCUGUGUCACAUUAUCUGCUUGAGACCUCGAGAGUGGUGUUUCAGGCCCAGGCUGAGCGGAGCUUCCAUGUUUUUUAUGAGCUGCUGGCGGGGCUGGACCCCAUGGAACGGGAGCGGCUCUCCCUACAGGGGCCAGAGACCUACUACUACCUCAACCAGGGCCGGGCCUGCAGGCUCCAGGGCAAGGAGGAUGCCCAGGACUUCACGGGACUGGUGAAGGCCCUGCAGGUGCUGGGCUUGUGCUCCGAGGAGUUGACUGCAGUCUGGGCUGUGCUGGCCUCUGUCCUGCAGCUGGGCAACAUCUGCUUCUCCUCUUCAGAGAGGGAGUCACAGGAGGUGGCUGUCGUGUCCAGCUGGGCUGAGAUCCACACGGCAGCCCGGCUGCUGCGGGUGCCGCCCGAGCGCCUGGAGGCGGCUGUCACCAGGAGGGUCACGGAGACGCCCUAUGGCCAGGUCUCGAGAUCCCUGCCCGUGGAAAGUGCCAUCAAUGCCAGGGACGCCCUGGCCAAGGCCCUGUACUCGCGGCUCUUCGCCUGGCUUCUGAGGAGAACCAACGUGCGGCUGGCACCCCCCAGGGAGGGAGGCAGCGUGGCCACUGUCACUGUCAUCGACGUCUACGGCUUUGAGGCACUGCGGGUCAACGGCCUGGAGCAGCUGUGCAACAAUCUCGCCAGCGAGCGCCUGCAGCUCUUCUCCAGCCAGAUGCUUCUGGCCCAGGAGGAGGAGGAGUGUCGGCGGGAGAUGUUGCCCUGGGUGCCCAUCCCCCAGCCUCCGCAGGAGUCCUGCCUGGACCUCCUGGUAGACCAGCCCCACAGCCUCCUGAGUAUCCUGGAUGCCCAGACAUGGCUGUCCCAGGCCACGGACCACACCUUCCUGCAGAAGUGCCACUACCACCACGGCGACCACCCGCGCUACACCAAGCCCCAGCUACCCCUUCCCAUCUUCACCGUGCGGCAUUACGCUGGGACCGUCACCUACCAGGUUCACAAGUUUUUAAACAGAAACCAGGAUCAUCUUGACCCUGCUGUGGUGGAAAUGCUUGCCCAGAGCCAGCUCCAGCUGGUGGGUAGCCUGUUCCAGGAAGCAGAGCCCGAGUCUGGGGAAGGACCAGGCAAACCCACGCUGGCCUCUCGCUUCCAGCAUUCCCUGGGGGACCUCCUAGCCCGGCUGGGCAGGAGCCAUGUCUAUUUCAUCCAGUGCCUCAACCCCAACCCGGGAAAGCUUCCGGGCCUCUUUGAUGUGGGUCACGUGGCAGAGCAACUGCGCCAGGCGGGCAUCCUGGAGGCCGUGUGUACCCGCAGCACCAACUUCCCCGUUCGCGUGCCCUUCCAGGCCUUCCUGGCCAGGUUCCGGGCCCUGGGGACAGAGGGGCAGGAAGAGCUCUCUGGCCGGGAAAGAUGUGGCGCCAUCCUGAACCAGGUGUUCGGGGCUGAGUCGCCCCUCUGUCACCUGGGAGCCACCCAGGUGCUACUGCGGGAGCUGGGCUGGCAGCGGCUGGAGCGGCACCGGGCCCAGCAGCGCGCCCAGGCCCUGCUCACCCUGCACCGAGGCCUCUGCACCAGCCUCUCCCGUCAACGCCUUCGCCUCCUACCACAGAUUUGCGUGCGUGGGCUCCAGGCCAGGAAGUGGUACCUCCGGCGGCGGGCAGCUCUGGGGCAGCUGAACACCAUCCUGCUGGCGGGCCGGCACCUGCUCUGGAGACAGCGGAGAGGGCAGGGAGCUCCUGGUGACACCUCACGGGGGCAUCAUCUCCUCCUGCCUCUCCCCCAGCAGCUUGGGCAUCGGCGUAGCUGGCACAGAGUCGGGACCUCCAAGAAGGGGCCAAGCAUGGAGCUGGGGUGCUUGGAGAUCCCGGCUGAGCUGGCUGUCAUGCUGAAGACAGCGGAAGGCCGUCAGCACACCCUGGCCGAGAGCAUCACCGAGGUCAUGCCCCCAGAAGUUCCCGCACGGCCCAGCCUGACCCUCCCACCCGACAUCGACCAGUUCCCCUUCUCCAGCUUCAUCUCCAUCGGCUUUCAGGAGCCAUCCCUGCCCAGACCUGGGCAGCUGCUGACCAAACCCCUGACCCGACUGGACGGUGAGAACCCUCAGCAUGCCCUGGAUAUCAACAAGGUGAUGCUGCGGUUCCUGGGGGACGGGUCCCUGGAGCCCUGGCAGGAGCAGACCAUGGGCCAGUACCUGGUGCGGCAGGGGCAGUGCCGGCCGGGGCUGCGCAACGAGCUCUUCAGCCAGCUCGCGGCCCAGCUCUGGCGCAACCCGGACGAGCAGCAGAGCCAGCGCGGCUGGGCCCUCCUGGCCGUCCUGCUCAGCGCCUUACCCCCAGUGUCCACCCUGCAGAAGCCGCUGCUCAAAUUUGUGUCCGACCAGGCCCCCGGGGGCAUGGCAGCACUGUGCCAGCACAAGCUGCUGGGAGCCCUGGAGCACACACAGCAGGCCCCUGGGUCCGAGCGGGCCCACCCGCCCACCCAGCUCGAGUGGACAGCCGGAUGGAGGCGGGGCCGCAUGGCGCUGGAUGUCUUCACCUUCAACGAGGAGUGCUACUCGGCCGAGGUGGAGUCCUGGACCACAGGGGAGCAGCUCGCCGGGUGGAUUCUGCAGAGCAGAGGCCUGGAUCCGCCCCCGCGUGGCUGGUCUGUGUCACUGCACUCUAAGGACUCCUGGCAGGACUUGGCUGGCUGCGACUUCGUGCUGGACCUGAUAGGCCGGACCGAGGACCUGGGGGACCCGGCCGGUCCCCACAGCUACCCAAUCGCCCCCCGUGGCUUAGCCGAGGACAUCCCCCCGGCCCCUGGCAUCCAGGCCCCCUCACUGCCCCCAGGUCCCCCUCCAGGCCCAGCCCUAACUCUGCCCAGCAGGGGUCGCACAGGUGAGUCCCAGACCUCAGGGAAUCUGGAUGGCUUCCUGGACCACCUCUUCUCCCCGUGCCUCAGCGUGAGUGAUCUGGAGCAAGGCAGGGCUCUGAGUGGCCGCAUGAAGGGAGGGGGCGCCAUGGGGCCCAUGCAGCAAGGCAGCUACCCUGUGGUGUACUCAGGGAUGAUGCAGAUGCCUGGAUACCAGCCAGCCAUGAUGCCUGCACCCAUGCCCAUGAUGCCAGCAAUGGGGGCGGUCCCCGCCAUGCCAGCCGUGGUGGUGCCACCGCAGCCGCAGCCGCAGCCGCAGCCACAGCCACAGCCCCUGCUUCCCAGCGUGGACGCGAGACAGCUGGCAGUCCAGCAGCAGAACUUCAUCAACCAGCAGGCGCUGAUCCUGGCCCAGCAGAUGACCACCCAGGCCAUGGCCUUGUCCCUGGAGCAACAGGCAAAGCAGCGCCAGAGCCAGCCCCUGGAGCAUCAUGCCCAGGCCCAGGCCCCUGGAGCUGCCUCCCUGACUCCACCCCCAGCCAUCACCCCCAAGCCCAAGAAGACACCCACCCCCGAGAAGGAGCCAGAGCGUGACCUGGAACUGGUAGGUGCCGGCCUGAGGGAGACCUCACAGGAGGCUGAAGUCAGGCCCCGGCAGCCCAAGAGCUUCCGGCAGAAACGGGACUAUUUCCAGAACUUGGGUCAGCCGCAGAUCAAGGUGAAGACGAUGAGGCCUCCGGCCAAGGUGAAGAUGCCCCAGGGGGAGGAGCAGGAGGAGGAGCCGGAAGAAGAGGAACAGAGAGCAGUGCCGUCACCUCCUCCUCCCCCGGUAGUGAAGAAGCCACUGACACGAGAUGGGGCCAAAGCUACACAGGAGGCUGAGGCUGAGCCAGCCACAGAGGCGGGGCCUGGCGGUGGUCGCCAGCCGGCCGAGGGCAGAGCCGUGGUGCGUAGCUCGGACCCUGAGCCCCGGAAGGCAGAGCCCAGCAGGGAGAUCCGCAACAUCAUCCGCAUAUACCAGAGCCGCCCAGGCCCCAUGCCCGUGCCCGUGCAGCCACCCAGGAAGCCCCCCCAAAUCUUCCUGAAGAAAAACAACCCUAAGGAUGAGGCCCUGGCUAAGCUGGGGAUCCGUGGUGCCUCCUCGCUGCCCUCGACGCUGUCCCCCAGCCCAGGGAAGGGCCCCCCGCCAGCUGUGGCCCCUCGACCCAAGGGCCAGCCAUGGCUUGUGCCCUCCAAAUCCAUCAAGGAGAAGCAGGGGCCCCUUCAAGAGCUGUUUGGCCAGAAGCCACCUGCUGCCCAGAGACCCCCGCCUCCGCCAGCGCCUCCGCUGCCUCCAUCCUGGGACCCAGCGACCCCUCCAGCUGAGCCGCACGGCUUUGCGGAGCUCAUGGGGGACCAGGGGAUCUCCACCCAGCUGCUCGUGCCCUCGGGCAGCGUGUGCUUCUCCUACGCCAGCGCCCCCUGGAGGUUGUUCCUGCGCAAGGAGGUGUUCUACCCCCGGGAGAACUUCAGCCACCCCUACUGCCUCAGGCUCCUCUGUGAGCAGAUCCUGAGGGACACCUUUGCGGAGUCCUGCAUCCGGAUCUCCCAGGACGAGAGGCACAGGAUGAAAGACCUGCUGCGAGACCUGGAGGUGGGCCUGGACUCCCUGGACACAGCUGAGGACAGUGUCAAGAAGCGCAUCGUGGUGGCCGCCAGGGACAACUGGGCCAAUUACUUCUCCCGCAUCUUCCCCGUCUCGGGCGAGGGUGGCAGCGACGUGCAGCUGCUGGCUGUGUCCCACCGGGGGCUGAGACUGCUCAAGGUGACCCGAGGCCCCAGCUUCCACCCCGACCAGCCGCAGCUGAAGACUCUCUGCUCGUACAGCUUCGCUGAGGUGCUGGGCGUAGAAUGCCUGGCUGGCCCCAGCCUGGAGCUGUCGCUGACGAGUGAACAGCUGGUGCUGCACACAGGCCGGGCGGGAGCCAUCAAGGCCAUGGUUGAGCUGCUCCUGAGCGAGCUCAAGAAGGACUCCGGCUAUGUCAUUGCCCUGCGAAGCUACCUCACUGACGACCACAGCCUCCUCAGCUUCCAGCGGGGGGACCUCAUCAAGCUGUUGCCGGGGGCCACUCUGGAGCCAGGCUGGCAGUUUGGCUCCACCGGGGGCCGUUCCGGACUCUUUCCUGCUGACAUAGUGCAGCCGGCUGCUGCUCCAGACUCUUCCUUCUCGAUGCAGCAGAGGAAUGGCCGGCGCAAGAGUCAGCUGCAGCCCAGAGAGCGGGAUAAGGCGUCGGAGUUCCCCACCCACCCCUGGAGCCAGGCACACAGUGACAACUUGGCCACCAGCCUGUCCCCGUCUGUGGCCUGCGUCACCCUGCCCACAGACUCCGACUACACCAUGCAGGAAUUUGCCCUGCGCUACUUCCGGAAGCCCCAGACCCUGCUGGGCCAGACAAGUGAAGCUGCUGAGACGAAGGCCAUGGCCAGCCUGGUGCAGUACAGCAAGGCUCCCAUCCAGGCAUCGCUCAUCAGCGUCAGUGACGAGGACGUGAACAGGCAGGCUGUGGGAAGCUUCCAGGCUCUGAUGCAGUUUAUGGGGGACCAGUCCAAGCCCCGGGGCAAGAACGACCUGGAUCUCCUCUACGGGCUGCUGAAGCUGUGCCAGGAGAAGGAGAACCUCAGGGAUGAGAUUUACUGCCAGGCCAUCAAGCAGAUCACAGGACACCCCCGGCCGGGACCCUGCGCUCGAGGCUGGACUUUCCUCAGCCUCCUCACAGGCUACUUUUCCCCGUCAACCUCGCUGAUGCCCUACGUGACCAAGUUUCUGCAGCAUUCGGCCCUGAGCCAAGAGCUGGCCCGAAGGUGCCAGGAGCACCUCCAGCGCACAGUCAAGUACGGGGGGCGCCGGCGGCUGCCCUCCCCUGGCGAGAUGCAGGCUUUCCUGAAAGGACAAGUGGCCCACCUGCUCCUAAUUCACCUGCCCGGGGGUGUGGAGUACAAGGCCAACAUCCACACUUUCACGGUGGCAGCAGAAGUGCUGGAGGAGAUGUGUGGGCAGAUGGGCAUCACGGACCCCCAUGAAGUGCAGGAAUUUGCCCUCUUCCUCAUCAAAGGGGAAGGCCAGCUGGUGCGGCCCCUGUGGCCCCGGGAGUACCUCAACAGCGAGGUGGUGGGUCCGGACGUGAGCCUGCACAGCCGGCGGCUCGGCUGGGAGACCCCGCUGCACUUCGAUAAUCCCACCUACGUCAGCACCCACUACGGCCAGGUGCUGCGGGACUACCUGCAGGGGAAGCUGUUGGUCAGCGCCCAGGAAGACGCCCGACUCGCCAGGCUGGCAGCCUUGCAGCACCUCAGCAGGAACCACGAGGAGCCCCCCUCAGAGCAAGGCCUACUGGCUUACUUGCCGAAGCACCUGCAAUGGCAGAUGAACGUGGCCGCUGUGAAGAGGCUGAUGGGCCAGGAGCUGAGGCAGUUGCAAGGAUGCAGCUCUCAGGAAGCGCAGAUCAGUUUCAUCGAGGCCGUGAGCGAGCUGCCCCUCUUCGGCUACACUGUCUACGUAGUGCUGAGAGCGAGCAAGCCGGCCCUGCCCAGCCCCAGCCUCCUGGGGCUGAACCGCCAGCACCUCAUCCUCAUGGACCCCAGCUCUCAGGAACUGCACUGCUCCAUCGCCCUGAGGGACCUGCAGCGGCUCCACAUGCUGAGCCCGCUGGGGGCUGAGGGCUCCCCUGGCCUGGAACUCAACUACGGCUCGGCUGACGACCCCCAGACCAUCUGGUUUGAGCUGCCGCAGGCCCAGGAGCUGAAGCACACCAUCACCUUCCUGCUGGACCGCAACUCUCCUUCCAUUUAGUGGCCGGGCUUCACCCAAGAGGAGCGGGGGAGGGGCAGAGAUGAGGCCAGGAAGCCUCUCUGGCCCAAGUCUCACCCGGACGGUCUCCUUUGGGUGCUGUCAAGCCAGUCUGGCCUGGACUUCACCGCUUGGCUGUUCUGGAACCUGCUGCAGCACAGCCCAGCUGGCCCACGGGGAGGGGCUGCUAUAGCGACUUCAACUGGGAAAGAGUCACGAGACUCCCUCUGGGGUGGGCCUGGGCCUGGGCCUGGGCCUGAGCCUGAGCCUGGGGUGGGCGCCGCAGGAACUCGUCUUGGGCGUCCGAUGUUGCCCAGUCUGGGGGAGAUGCCCACCUGGGCCCUGGCCCGACAUGAGCAUGAGCGCAGCCCUGGGAGCAGCAGCUGCUGAGGAAAUAAAAGUCCCGAGAGAACA